UUUUUUAUCUCAUUUCCAAAAACCCAAUUUUAAAACAUUCUUGUUUCUUUAUUCUGUCAAUUUAUCGGCUAUAUUUAUCAGAAGUCUUCCCUUCCCACCUCGUGAGUUCACACGCUUUCUCUUUCACCCUUCUCUAUAUAUUUGCCACCACCAACGCUCUCUUCUCCCCAUCUCUUUCAUCUCCGCAAAUCGUCAAUCAUCUUUUUCAUUGAUUUUUCCUUUGCUCUCUGAUUAACAAAGCAAAGAUGGCUAAACCUGUCGCCCUUUUCGUCCUAACCCUCCUCCUUGUUUCCACUCUAUCCUUUGCCGCCCGCUCUGGCCCAGCUUUCCCUAACGAGUCUCCUGCAAAAACCCAAGCUGAGGGUACCACUGUUGAGACAGAGCAGUCGACUGAGGCGGUUGAAGAUAGCUGUGAAGGAGUUGGGGAAGAAGAGUGUUUGAUGAGAAGAACUCUUGCUGCUCAUAUUGAUUAUAUCUAUACUCAGAAGCAGAAGCCAUGAGACUUUUUAUCUUCCUUUCUAGUUUUUAACUACGAUUUAUCAUGCUUGCUAAUUAUCUUAUAUAAUUAAUAACUUAAUUAGUCAGGUUUUUCUACUUUUUCUGUGCUUGUUUUUUCCUCGAUCAUACUGGGGUAUGUCUUCUUAAUAUAUUUUCUAUCUCGAUCAUACUGGGGUAUGUCUUCUGAAUAUAUUUCUUCCAUAUUCUGAUUAAGUUUUGGAAAUAUGGUUUGAAUUAGUGACAUAUUUUUCUAAAUUUUUUGUAAUGCUAAACAUUUUAUCAUUUUUCCUUGAAUGCUUUUGCAAAAUAUAUUAUUUAAUUGGUUAGUGAAUGUUUCUAUGUAGGGAUCAUUCCUGUGUUGGAAGAUAUUCACGAAUCAUGAUGCCAAAACUAUUACUAAUGCAGGGCUGGGAACAGCUGUUAAGCUUUAUAUUUAUUUAUAUCAAAUAGUGCCCUUAUUUGGCCAAAAACAAAAAAUAGUGCCAUUAUAAACUAAUAUUAACAAAAUAAAAAUAAAGCUAUUGUCCUAUAGUUUAUAAAUCCUUAAUCAACUUAAAGUGAAGCUUCCUUGUUCCUAAAGUUCUAAGCAGAAUGAUUUUUUUAUAUUUAAAAAAAAGUUGUAGUUUAAGAAUAAAAUAAAAUUAUAAAUGUUGAGAUUAGAGCUGCAUGAAUCAAAGUAUCUGAUUUUCAAGUAUAAAGACUUUGUUAAUACAAGAAUUUUACUUUGGGAGAUCUUUUUCUUAACACUCAGAAGACUAUUGACUGCUCUGCCUCUUGGAACAAGGGAUAAAAAUUAACAGUUGAAAAAUGUGUCAACCAACUUAAUUAGUUGGUAAUUAAUUAAAAUUGCUUUUGUAUCAGGAAAAAAUAAGAUUCACUUUCAUCAACGGUUGAAAUUUGUAAACUAAAGAAUAAACCUAUUGUCUUGCACUUUUAGCUUAAUUCACCUCAACCUCAAACAACAGUGUCUGAAGUUCAAGCUGAUUUUUUUAAUGAAUUUCUUAUCAAAGUUAUGAAUCUACAAGGCUAGUUUGAAAAUUUGCCAAAAAACAUUAACAAGGUAAAGAUUGGGAAAAAAUAAUUAAUCCAAUGAUAAUGCCCCAAACAAGUAAGAAAGAAAAAGGAACCAUGAUCUUUAAAUCACUUUCUUCCUCUCAAACUAUUCCAUGUACGGGGUGGGAGGUCAAAAAUUGCGAAC